UUAGGAAAUUGUAAUCUUAAAAAGGAGAGCUUCUUUAAUUAACUUAUCUUUCUAUAUCUUAGAAUGCCACGUGGAAAAGCGACCGUUGCUAACAACGAAACUUCAACUGCACAAAAAAAUGUAAAGAAAAAGAAAUCUCCAUACAAGGAUGAAGCCAAUUCACAAAUAAAAUUAGAAGAUCAGGAAAUAGAGCCAAAGGAAGACAUAAGCUAUACUCAAAAUAAAAGCCCUAGUCUAGAUUUAAGCAAAUUCAAAUUUGAAAAGAAACCGCACAUCAGAAUUGAAUAUGAAAAAGAAUCUCCAGUCAAGCAGGAAGCUAAAGGCCUUUGGGAACCACCACACUGGCAUGACUUUCUCCUCAACCUGAGAAAUAUGAGGGCCAAUAAAGAUGCCCCCGUGGAUACUAUGGGUUGCCACAUGUCAUCCGAUCCUAAAGCUCCACCAGAAGUGAUCAGAUACCAGCAUCUCAUUUCCUUGAUGCUAUCAAGCCAGACAAAGGACCAGGUUACAUUUGCGGCCAUGGAGCGACUUAGAGACAGAGGGCUCACCAUAGACAAUGUAUUGAGCAUGAGUGAUGAUGAACUGGGGAAGCUGAUAUACCCUGUAGGAUUUUGGAAGACUAAAGUGAAGUACAUAAAGAAGACAACACAAACCUUGAAAGAGCAGUAUAACGGAGACAUACCAGACUCGGUGGAGAAACUUUGCAAGCUGACUGGAGUUGGCCCAAAGAUGGCACAUAUUUGUAUGAGUGUUGCUUGGAACAAGGUCACUGGCAUAGGUGUUGACACCCAUGUGCACAGGAUUAGUAAUAGGAUAGGUUGGGUGAAGAAGCCAACAGCCACCCCGGAAGACACCCGCAAGGCCCUGGAGGCCUGGCUGCCUUUUGAGCUCUGGGGUGAGGUCAACCACCUACUUGUAGGCUUCGGACAAACAAUCUGUCUACCCAUUGGCCCAAACUGCGAGGAGUGCUUAAACAAUGACAUCUGCCCUUCUAGAGGUAUCAAGAAGUCCCCAAAGAAACCAACGCCUGUGAAAGUUAAAGAAGAAAUUGAUCCAAUAGAUAUUAAGAUAGAAGAAGCUGUGAAAAAAGCUUUGAAAAACUUGAAACUUGAUGAAGAUGGGAUAUCAUUGAAUGUUCCAAAUGCAAAAGCUCCAAAAGUGAGAAAAAUAAGCCCCAAAAAAGAAAUUGUUAAAAAUCAAGAAGUCAAUUUAAAAAUUCCUGUUGAUUGUGAAUCAAAUCCUGAUACAAAGGUACAAAGGAAAAGGAAAGUCACUCCAAAAAAGGCUGUGACAGUGACAGGAAGUCAUAGAAGAUAGUGCUCAAAAUUUAGCUGCUGCAUCAAAUUCAGAAAAUUUGCAGCAAACGAAAAGAAAGAUUACACCUAAAAAAGCUAAAGAGCCAGCUGAUGUUAACAUUGUUAACACAAUUGAAGAAUGCUUAACAGAGUACUGUAUUAAGUAUGAUAUCUGUGAAAAAAAAGAACCGAGAAAAAGAAAAGUUACACCUCUAAAAGAAAGUAAACAAUCUGAUAAAAGUAUAAGUACAAAUAAACUUGACAGUAAGGCUCCACCAAAAAGAAAGAUUACUCCCAAAAAAGCACAAACACAACAAAAUCAUGAUGAUGAUGAUUUUGUGCAGCCAG